CUAUCCCCGCUUGACAGAAAAACUCAACUCGCAUGAUGCCCGAUGCAGCAAAAUCGCAGACGGCUUCGCCAAGGCAAAACAUUAUUGAACGGUCUGCCUCGGGAUGCAGAAUACGGAUGUCACCAUAAAAAUCAAAACGAGGAUCACAUCUUUGCUAGAAGGCAUUGCUUCAGAAGGGACUAAUGCUUUGGACAGUGCUCUUGCGAGACUCGAGGAGGACAUGAAAGUAUACGGUCUGACCACGCCAGAGCUUUCAACGACCCAAGCAGAGUCUGAACAGCAGGUACUAUGGGAAUGGGACGACCAUCGUCAAGACCACUACUAUUGGGUGGCUGAAGGAUACUUGCAGUAUCACAAAGGUGGUCGAGUCAGACCGGACGGUACACCAUACGGCGAAGUAGAGGGAGGACAGCUACUCUUGGAGGAGUGAAUGACAUGUUGUGUAUCGGAAGACUGCAGAGUCGCCCCCGGCGAACCAUAUUGCCUGGAGAGAAGAAAGGUAGUAGAGAACAGGAAGAACAGAGCGAUACUAAAACAGGAACAGAGAUGUGUCACGAUCAAGGCAUUCCUUAU